AUGGCUCAGGCUAUUGCGAAUGCUUUGAACAAUGACACUGAGAAAUUUCAAGAUUCGUAUUCACCUUCAUCAAUUUCCACAUUUCCAUUUCAGAUGAAAUCUAUGGAUGCCAAUCGAUAUGCCACAAAGAAAACAAUUGCCCAGGGCAUGUUGGACAUAGCCCUGCUGACGGCCAAUGCAUCACAGCUGAAGUACAUUCUACAAGUCGGUGAACAGCAUCAGUUUUACAAGUUGAUGCUGGUCCUGAUUAGCCUGUCGAUCAUUUUGCAGAUUCUGUCCGGUGUUCUAAGUUUGUCACUGAGUUUAAUGCGCGAUUGCCGCAUGCAUAUGCCGGAAUUCCAUCAUUCGGCGAAUGUCAUCAAUCACUUACGUACCGGGUUUGCAUUUAUUGUGACCAUGAUUAAUUUGUUUAUUUCGGCAUUUGAUUCGCGCCUACCACCCUCUCAAGGAGACUAUCUCAGUGGACUCAAUUGAAAUUGUUCGCAAAUGCUGC